CAUGUCUACCUGGAACUUUCCAUCUCAGGUCGAUCAGUACUACUAGUACUCCAUGGCUAGCUUCUAUUAUAUAUACAUACAAAUUACCUCCUGAUCAUAUCUUCAGUGUUCUUCUCAUUUUCUAAGCCCGCAAAUUACCAAUAUUCCCUUCCACAAUUCAGCUUCUAAUAAAUCUCUUGAAUUGCAUUCAUGGCCACCCAAACUCCCUCUUCAUCUACUUCAGAAGUUAGUAAGAAAAGAAAAAGAAGACCCUCUUCAUCUACUUCUGAACUUAGUAAGAAAAGAAAAAGAGAUGAUUCAUCUUCGCCUCGAUGGAAAUAUGAAGUUUUCCUUAGUUUCUAUAGCAAAGACACUCGUAUGAGUUUUACGGAUCAUCUAUAUGUUGAUUUAAAACGGAAAGGCAUUCUCGUCUUUAGGGAUGAUGAAACACUCAAGCGAGGAGAAUACAUUUCUCAAGCGCUUCUGAAAGCAAUUCAAGAAUCACAAUACGCGAUCGUCAUUUUUUCGGCAAAAUACGCUUUUUCCAAAUGGUGCCUUAUGGAACUUGCUGAGAUAGUUGAAUGGGAGGAAAAGAAAAAGCUCACUGUUCUUCCUAUUUUCUACCAUGUGGAUCCUUGUGACGUGAGAAAUCAGAGUGGGUCUUUUGCAGAAGCGUUCACUGCACAUGAAAAAGAUCCCAAGAUAGACAAGAAAGAUACGGAUAUGUGGAAAAAUGCUUUGAGAAAAGCCGGCAGUAUCGCCGGAUGGCACAUACACGACAGGUAUGAAGCAACAAUUAUACAAGAAAUCAGUGGACAUCUAUCUCGGGAGUUGAAUUCUAGAUUCUCACGCCAUGAUUAUGAAAAACUUGUUGCAAUGGACUCCCAGGCAGACAAAAUGAUGGAAUUAUUGGAUAUGAAAUCAGAUGAUGUUCGCUUUGUAGGAAUUCAUGGGAUGGGUGGCGUUGGUAAGACAACGCUGGCCGAAAUAAUUUAUGACAGAGUUUCUUCUAAUUGGGGAUUUGAAGGAAGCGGCUUUAUUUCUUGUGUUAGAGAAAAAUCUGCUACUGCUCGUGAUCUAGCUUCUUUACAAAAAGAACUUCUUUCUACGAUCAUGCAAGAAGAAAUACCUAUAUGGGAUCAUCACGAGGGAAUUAGGAUGAUAAAGAAGAUACUGCAGAAUAAAAAAGUUUUUAUCGUCCUUGAUGAUGUGGAUAGCGACGAGCAACUAACGGCAUUAGCAGGGGAUCGGAAAUGGUUUGGUCCAGGGAGUAGGGUGAUCAUAACAUCCAGAGAUAUUCAUCCAUUGAGAACACAUGAUGUGAAGGAUAUCCAUAAGGUUGAGCAGCUUGAAACAGCAGAAGCUUUGCAACUCUUUAGUUUGUCAGCCUUCAAGAAAACCCAUCCAAUAGAGGAUUACAAGGAUCUAUCUAUGGGUUUUGUAAAUUAUGCUCAAGGCCUUCCUUUAGCUCUUAAAGUUUUGGGUUCCUUCUUAAAUGAGAGAGAAAUAGAUGCAUGGAAAAGUGAGAAAGAUAAACUAAAAGCAAUUCCUGAUCCAAAAAUUAUGGAUGUACUUCAAAUAAGUUUUGAUGGGCUGCAGAAAUUGCAAAAAGAUUUAUUUCUGGAUCUGGCGUGUUUGUUCCAGAAGUCCCUCCUAAGUUACGAGAUGUUAGAAAGUUGUGGUUAUUAUCGCAUCGACAUUGACGUUCUCAUUGAGAAGUCCCUCAUAAGCAAAUCAAAAUAUGGAUGGUGUCCGUAUUUGUCCAUGCAUGAUUUGCUAAAAGAACUGGGCCAGGAAAUAGUUCGCCGUGAAUGCCCUGAUGAAUCUGGAAAACGUAGUAGACUAUUUUGUUGGGAGGAUCUCUAUCAAGUACUGAAGAAUGAUACUGUAAGUUGAUUAGUGUAGACAUUAAUAUAAAAAGGUAUAUUUUCUUCCUAA